GCGGGGCGUGGUCUGCCCGGGGGGCGGCGGCGUCCGUGGCCGUGUUUACGCGGGGCCGGGCGCUGCCGGCGGUGCUGGCGCCGCUCCCUCCUCAUCAUGGAUCCGCACAGAGAGGCUCUGCAAAGGAUUGUCUCUAAUCUAGCGAACAAAAAUGGUGAAAUUCACAACUUCAUUGACAUGCUGAACCAUACAAUAAAAAAUGUUCAGGUAAACUCUUCUAAUGCAAUCAGUGAGUUGGAUGAAGAAUUUGAUGGUCUGUAUUCUCUACUGGAUGAGAUGAAGGGGAGUAUGGCCAGCACUAUUCAGCAAGAAGAGGCCCGUAAAGUUCAAGCUCUGCAGGAGCAGCUUAGCCAGUGUAGUAAUGCCCUAGAGAGUUCUGAAGAGCUGCUGGAACUUGCUGCGCAGUCAUUGGACAUAAAGGACCCUGUGGAAUUCUUGAAGGCUGCCAGACAGAUCAAAGAGAGAGUCACAAUGGCUUCAGCGUUCCGCAUCUCUCUGAAACCAACGGUCAGUGAUAGUAUGACUCAUUUGAUGGUGGACUUCACUCUGGAAAGGCGCCUUCUCCAGGCUGUAAAUUUUUUGCCAGUCCCUAAAGCUCCAGAGAUAGAUCUAGCAGCAUGUCUGGUUGCAGAUAACUGCAUAACAGUAUCAUGGAGAAUGCCUGAAGAUGAUGGCAGAAUUGAUCAUUUUGUACUAGAGUAUAGGAAAACCAAUUUUGGGCUUCCUCGAGUAAAAGAUGAACAGCCUUGGGAACUGAUAGACUACAUCAAAGCCACUGAAUAUACAUUAUCAGGUCUAAAAUUUGAUACAAAAUACGUGAACCUUAGAGUACAAGCUUGCAACAAAGCUGUGGCUGGGGAAUACUCCGAUCCUGUGACUCUGGAAACCAAAGCAUUUGUGUUCAGUUUGGACAGUACUUCAUCUCAUCUCAACUUGAAAGUUGAAGAUACCUAUGUUGAAUGGGAUCCUACUGGAGGCAAAGGCCAAGAAAAAGUAAAAGGGAAGGAAAAUAAAAGCGGUGGCCAGAAUCCUUUGCUGAAGAGCAAUAGAAGGUGUUCAUCUCUUAGAAGUGGUGGACCAUCUCCAAAGAGGACACCUGUUAACACAAGAUCCUCAGUGAGGGGCAGCAGAGAUCGUUUUACUGGUGAAUCAUAUACUGUGUUAGGAGACUCUGCUAUUGAAAGUGGACAGCAUUACUGGGAGGUGAGAGCCCAGAAGGACUGCAAAUCCUACAGCGUGGGAGUGACAUAUAGAAACCUGGGGAAAUUUGACCAGCUGGGAAAGACUAAUUCAAGCUGGUGCAUCCAUAUCAACAACUGGCUGCAAACCACAAUUUCAGCAAAACAUAAUAAUAAAACCAAAACUCUAGAUAUAACUGUUCCAGACAGAAUAGGAGUAUACUGCGACUUCGAUGGAGGUCAGCUCACAUUUUAUAAUGCAAACUCAAAGGAGCUGUUAUACACCUUCAGAACAAAGUUUACUCAACCGUUAUUACCAGGCUUUAUGAUCUGGUGUGGUGGGCUUACAGUGAGUACUGGAUUGCAGGUCCCAAGUGCUGUGAAAACGCUCCAGAAAGGUGAAAAUGUAUUGAGUGGCUCAACAGGCAGCCUGAACAAUACUGCCUAGUAAUGUCUGUCAAACACUUCUGUUGCUGAAUGUUUUUUUUUCUGUAGCUGCUACUCACAGAAGCUUGUGAGCAUUGGAUAAAACUGGGUUUGCUACCUACUGCUGUUUAAGGCCUGGGUACUGACAGUGCAAAGGUUUGGGGCUAAAGUGUUAGGAACCUACUGUGAAUCCAGACAGAAAACUAAACUGUUGCCUAUUUGAAAAAGAAGCAGAGAAAUCAAGAACUGUAACUAUGGACUUUUCUAUCACUGUAUUAAAGCAUUUUGUUAUGGAUUUUUAGUAUUAAUUCUGUUAUGAAUAUUAUUUUUCUAUGAAGAAUAUAACAGAUACCACUUUCUUAGCUCUCCUAACAUGACUUACUUGACAGUAUAUUUUAUUAUUACUGGGCUUCCCAUUAGAACCUGUGAUGUCAAACGUGUUUCAGAAGAGUAUUGAUUUGUUAGCCUAGCCUGGCAAAAUAUCAUGUCAGUAUGAUUUCAGAAGAAUAUUAUAAGAAUACUGUAAGAAGUUGUAGGCCUGAUAUGAAGAAAUAAAUCCUUCUGUUUUCCACGACUAACAUGUUUAACUAUCAUAUACUUAAAGUUUGGCUCCUAUUUAUCACAAGUUACAGAAAAUAUAAAAAUUUAAAGGCAUUUAAAAACAUUCUUAAGUCCUCAGUGAAGAUGCAUUCUGAUAGCCAGCCAUUGAGCUAGGAAGUAUUUCAGGUAAGAGGUUUAGAACCAGACGUCCAGAGCUUUUUAAAAACUACAGCAUGGUACUGCUGUCUCAGCAGCUCUUAAUUUUGGGUCAUCUCUUGCCUUUCCAGUUUUGUGGCAUUAUUCUGGUUGGAUUCUGAUAAUCAAUAGUUAACAUUGUUCAUCAGAUGUGAAUGACAAAUGAAAUCUUGUCUGCCAGUAGCAAAGCUGCAGUGCAGCUGAGGCUGGGAGCAAAGGUGCGAGAGCUUCAGUUUAAAUCUGUCUCCCUGGAGAAGAUGGGGAGGUAGGGCUAUUGCUAAAACAUCUUUCAGCUUUUUCUCAAGCCAGCUUCAAGACUGGCUAAGACUUCUCAAAAAGCUGUGUCAAUAUCAAAGCUGGCUUUGAGCGGAAGCAGCACUGGAUUCCUGGUGAUAGGGUAGUACCCUCUGAGGCCAGGCACACACUUUUGCUUCCCAUUUUGACUGCCUAGUGAGGAUUCAUGGAACUUUCUGGAUAACCAGAGAAGUCCAAAAAUUGCAAGAUUUCUUUAUCCAGCAGAAACGGAGCUUAUAUAUGUAGCUUCCCACUCUUAAUGUGCAAGCUUGUACCAUAUGCCAUGUAUAUGUGCCUAUGAGACUGGCUUUCAGAGGACCGUGUUCUAGAGGAUGUCUUUAUAACUUCCGACUUAAUGCCUUCCCCUUUUUUAAGGGCAAGGAAAAAGUGGAAAGUGAGCAAAUGCUUUGCUAGCUAACAUAUGAUCUACUUACCGAUCUGUGGUUAUACAUUUCUUUCAUGAAUCAAGUGAAAUGUUGAGCCUGGAUGUUCUAUUAUAUCAACUCCUAGUUGGAAGCUUAGUAAUGAUAGUUAAAUGAUUCAUAAUAGUGGAGGAGCUAAGAAAAAGUCAUGUCAUAUUCUUCAUGGAAAAUCUCAACUCUUCAAUGAGAGUUACUUGUGUAUUAUAGACUGUUUAAAUGUGCUUUCUUCCUUCUAAACAAGUCCAGGAGCCUUGAAAAAAUUUUGAGAUACACACUUGAAUCAACAGUUUCCUAACUGAAGUUUUUUUUUCUUAGUAUCGUCUGAAAACUGUUUCAAAUUCAUGCUGAUAGGGUCCAUAAUGAAUUGACUCCUUUCCUACAGCGCCCAAGUACUUUUUUUUUUUCUGUGUAUCUUCUAGUCUGUAAAAACAUAACCAUCUAAUCAUGUUAAAUCUUGUUAGUAUCAGUGGGUCCUUUUUGUCAAUUGAGAUUUCUCAAGAGGAGGAAAUUCCUUGAAACAACUCAUAAUAAAUUGGUUGUGAUGUUCAGUGGAAAACUUAAGAACAACAUUUAAGUUUACCUGCUCUAGAAAGUUUUGUUUCUCUUGAGAAAUCAUGAAGUUGGCAGAUGGUUGAGCCCUCUAAUGUUCAUUUCAUGUCUGGAACUUGAGCAUCUCUGAAUAUUUGCAUUGUGAUCAAAGUUAGCUGUAAUGUCUUUUGCAGAGGAAAGUCCAAAACAAUUCCCAGCUUAAAUGUACCUUCCUCUGCCAGUCUACUGUUCAGGGUCUUGAAGCAAAGCUACUGGAAGGUGACAUGGUUCUUAAAUGAACCGUGUCUGAAACUUUCACACAUUAUCUACAGAUGUUGUUACUAUCCAAAUAGUCUGUGUAGUAAUCUUAAAUAUUUCUUCCUUGUUUCUUCCCUUUUUACUGCAAUGAACACCUGACUGGGAGUUCUAGGGGCUCAGCUGCUACGAAUUCAGUGGUACGUGAGGGAGUGAUACUUGCAUGUUUGGGCCCUGGUGCUGUUUAGAGAGAGAAGGGUUAAGAUGGAUGCUUUGUGUUUUGAGACUUGUUCUAUUGAAGGACUGUGGUAAACAGACAUCAAAAUAGACUACUACCUGGUUACGCUGCCCAAUCAUCGGCUUAAUCUUGGGGUGUUCAGCUACAGUUCCUAUUUAAAUUUCCCUUUUUUGGAAAAAAAGGGAAUGUUUACAGUAAGUUAAUGUGUAGUGAGAAAGAACCAUGAGUCAUCUCCAGCCCUACGUAAAAGCAUUUAAAUUAUGAAGUUUUUUGGCAAGAUGUUGUGCAACCUACAAGGUAAAUUUGAUAUGCACAAUGUAAAAAUGUAAUUUUUCUUUAACACUUAGUUAGGAGAAAGCUUGAACUGUUUCAUACUGUGACUUGUGACUUGCAAGUUUUAUUUUAACUGACGUCCUAGAUGAACUUAACAUGUGACCUUUUACCCUUAAAGGAUGAAUUUGUUAUAUAAUAGUUUGCACAGAUGUCAAAUUUUUGCUGCUAACACUAGUCCAGUUGUUCUUAGUAAAUGGGGAUAUGAAGAAUUGCCUUAAGCACUUUAGAUUUUUUUAGACACUUUUUUUUUCUGAGCUAGUGUCUUCUGUCCAGUACCAAUAUAUUGGUGAUACUUUGUGGCAGUUGGUGCACACUGCUUGUACUUGCAGCUGGAGAGGGAUGCCUGCAGCCUGUGAAGUUACUUUUUCCUAGGGGGAAUCCGCUUCAGGGAUUGGAGGGGUGGUUCUUUGGCAUUGGAUUAGACCUUUUGAAGGUCUGUCCUUUCCCUCUGUAGUGUUAAAUAUAGUAAUACACCUGGUGACAACUGAAGAUGAUGGUGUUUGGUGGCUAGACAGGAACUUUCUUCUGUAUGACCAAAAUGAGGGUUUUCUUAAUUUAUUAUUUUUUUAAUACUGAUUACUGGUAGUCUGCUAAAGUAACUUCAGAAUAACUUGUGAGGAGAUGAAGGUUUUCCUUGAGUUCUGAAUACAUCACGAAACUGUAGCUUUCACUGUUCCUGUGGAAAGCUGUAUGAACUGCAGUAAGGGGAUGUUUAUUUCAGAAAGAGUGAUUUAAAGACAUCCAGGUGAUAGGUGCUUCUCCAAAUACCAAAUACGGAUGGCAGAGGGUGGCAGGUUUAUUUCUCUAGCCAUCCUCCAAGUAGAAAAAGCAGAGGCUGAUGUACCAAUCCUGUUUCUUCCCCGCCUCCUUGCACCCUCCCACGUUACUGCUCUUUCAUAGUAAGACUGAGGGAACUAACUGGAACUAACUAAUCUUUAUUCCGAUUUGCUCCCCGCCCCCCUCCACCUCCCAGCCUCACUUGAACGGGAACGGUCUGAGGGGGGGAAGCCAGGCCGUGGUUUCCCUGCGGGCCUGGCCCGGCUGCCUGCCCCUCCCUCAGGUGUCUGUCAGCGCCACCGAGCCCGCGGGCUACUCUGAUGUCUGUGACCGGUGUGUGUGAUGCCAACUUUUUGUAUUAAUACAGACAUUUCAAACCUGA